GCUUUUAUUGUGAAUUAUAUGUCAGUUUUCCGGUAUCCUUGAGCCAGCCUUCUUCCUUGGUGGGUUUCCCCAACUGACAGCCGGUCGCUAAUAGAGUUAGCCAGCCGCUAAGAGGAGUUGUAACGGUAUUGCAGUCGCAGUAGUGUAGCAUUGGAUUGUAUCUUGUAACCUAAAGCUAUAUAUUUAUUUUGGAGCGCGACUGGGUGUCUCGGGUGAGCCAACGUCAGCUGAAGAGGGAGUCAUCCGUGAAUGACUGACUGAGUGUGUGGCUAGCUAGCGAAGAGGAGGGUGGGGACAAAAAAACUUCCAAGACCUCGCCCAGCCGUUGCUUCAUUCCAGCAGGCAGCUACUCUCUUGACGGUGUGAGAGAUCCACACCACUAAACCAGAUAACUAUUCAAGGGGAGACUGACACGGUUGUGUCAACCAAGGGUAAAAAUCAGUAAACAUGUUCAGAAAAAACUUGAAGAAGGACCCCGAGCUGUUUCAGAACGUGUCGGAAGGGCUGCGGCGGCUAUACCGGACCAAACUGUUCCCGCUGGAGGACACGUAUCGAUUCCACGACUUCCACUCCCCUGCGCUCGAAGAUGCCGACUUCGACAACAAGCCCAUGGUCCUCCUGGUGGGUCAGUACUCCACCGGGAAGACCACCUUCAUCCGGCACCUCAUGGAGCAGGACUUCCCCGGUAUGCGGAUUGGCCCCGAGCCGACCACAGACUCUUUCAUCGCGGUGAUGCACGGCGAACAGGAGGGGGUGAUACCGGGCAAUGCUCUCGUUGUCGACCCCAAGAAGCCUUUCCGCAAACUCAACGCCUUUGGCAACGCGUUCCUCAACAGGUUCAUGUGUGCCCAGAUGCCAAACCCUGUCCUGGAGAGCAUCAGUAUCAUCGAUACUCCUGGAAUCCUGUCCGGGGAGAAACAGAGGAUAAGCAGAGGUUACGACUUUGCCGCGGUGCUCGAAUGGUUUGCAGAGCGCGUCGACCGCAUCAUCCUCUUGUUCGACGCCCACAAGCUGGACAUCUCUGAUGAGUUCUCCGAGGUGAUCCGUGCUCUCAAGAACCACGAGGACAAAAUGCGCGUGGUGCUGAACAAGGCGGACCAGAUCAGCACUCAGCAGCUGAUGAGGGUCUACGGAGCGCUAAUGUGGUCUCUGGGGAAAAUCAUCAACACACCUGAGGUUGUGCGUGUGUACAUCGGAUCAUUCUGGGCACAGCCCCUGUUGGUCCCAGACAACAGGAAGUUGUUUGAGGCAGAGGAGCAGGACCUGUUCUUAGACAUCCAGUCAUUGCCACGUAACGCGGCCCUACGCAAACUCAACGACCUGAUCAAACGCGCACGUCUCGCCAAGGUGCAAGCCUACAUUAUCAGCUCUCUGAAAAAGGAGAUGCCCAGUAUGUUUGGAAAGGACUCCAAGAAGAAGGAGCUGAUAUCCAACCUGGGAGAAAUCUACCAUAAGAUUGAGAAGGAGCACCAGAUCUCACCUGGAGACUUCCCCAAUCUGGCCAAGAUGCAGGAGCUGCUGAAUGGCCAGGACUUCUCCAAGUUUGCAGCGCUGAAGCCCAAGCUGCUGGAGGCGGUGGAAGACAUGCUCGCCAACGACAUUGCCCGUCUCAUGGCCAUGGUGCGCCAGGAAGAGGCCUCCAUGCCCAGCCAGUCUGUCAAGGGUGGAGCCUUUGAGGGAACCAUGAGUGGUCCCUUUGGUCAUGGCUAUGGAGAGGGUGCAAGUGAAGGCAUCGAUGAGCUGGAGUGGGUGGUGGGUCGCGACAAGCCUACAUACGAUGAGAUCUUCUACACCCUCUCUCCCAUCAACGGCAAAGUGUCAGGUGCUGCAGCCAAGAAAGAGAUGCUGAAGUCCAAGCUGCCCAACACAGUGCUGGGAAAGAUCUGGAAGCUGGCAGAUGUGGAUAAAGACGGACUCCUUGAUGACGAGGAGUUCGCCCUUGCCAACCACCUCAUCAAGGUGAAGUUGGAGGGCCACGAGCUGCCGCCCACGCUGCCUGAUCACCUGGUGCCCCCGUCCAAGCGUGGGACAGUCCUCCAGGAUUAGAGGAGGGGGUAGCAGCCUAGAGGUGUCAACGCUUUGCAUCAUGUUUAGGACUCUCCAGACAAAAAGUCCAACCACAAGCAUGAACUGCAUCAUCUUCCAUCAAGCUGCGAGUCUCCAGGCUUCCUGACACACGUGAGGAGGUAUUGCUGUGAUCUUUUACACCAGAGAGAGACUGGCGGGUUUCGGGGGGGGGGGUCCAUCUUUGUGCAUUAGGGAAUAAUGUUCAGCUAUCUAUUAGAAAUAAACGGGGGGGGGGGGGGUUCUGAUUUACCACCCAAUGAAAGGACAUUACUGGAUCAUGAACUGAUGGGUAGUUGGAGGUUGCAUGAUUGGGCUGAACGUGGAUUUGUGCAUCCUGUGUAAAAGAUGUCUUAUAAGCAUACAGUCCAUAUUAUUAUAUGUUGAUCCAAAGAAAUAUAGUUUUUUUCCAUUUGGAGAGAGAAAGAGGAAAUAAAUCAAAACAGCUGUUAGAAUUGUUUUAUCUAUAUUUUUGUAUUUCCUGACUGUUAACGUUGACUCUUUCCAAAUGCUUCCCUUUUUAUUAUUUUGCCAGAUAAAUAAAAAGGAGUACUGUACCAUUCGA